AAGUGAAUCGAAGCACGUCCAAUCAAUGUCCGAGAUACUCCUCCCAUUUCUAUAUUUUAUUAUACAUAUAUAUGCAUAUAUCAUAUAUGUGUGUAUGUAUGUACAGUUUGUGUCACAAUAAAGUUGAAAGUUGAUGUAAAUAUAAUUGUAUAAAUACCUUCAGGCGUGUAUACAGAACCUAUUAGUUUUAUAAUGUAAAUACAAAUAUUAAAACAGGUCACUCGCAAACUUCCAAGAUGAAUGCUGAAAGUAAAAUUAAUAUUCACCAUUCUUCUUUGGUUGGUUUGAAGGCAGAAUUGCUCAGGAAAAAAGCAGAAGUCGAAGCAGCCAAAGCCAAAUUUGAAAAUGUUGGACCAGUUAAUAGAUCAAAACCUAAUGAGAGGAAAACUCAAGAAAAACAGAAUAAAAAGCAAACUGAAAAGGAUGGAAAAAAUAAUCUGUCAGAAGAUGUAGAAGAUGUUAAAGCACUCAAAAAAUCAAAACUGAUGUUGCAAGCAAAAUCUAGGUUAUACGAAAAAUUGGCAAAAAGCCAUAAUAAUAUGAACCCAAACUUUCUUGUGGAUUUUGAACAUAAGCCUGAUAGUUCAGACCACUCUGAAGAAGAAAAUUCAAAGAACAAUGGUGUAAAUGAAAAUGAAAGUGAUUAUGAUUCUGAUGAUGGAUGGGUUGAAUAUACGGAUUGUUUUGGUCGCACAAGAAAGUGUUUACGGGAAGAUUUACCAAAAAUGCAGGAAAAAGAUGAUUAUCUAAUGAAGACCGUAGUUGAAAAAGAACAGCACAAAGAAAAGAAAGAAAAACCUUUGUUCUUUGAAGAUAGAUUACCAGAAAAAGAACCUGAAAUCGAAAUGAUGAGAAGAAAAUGGGAGGAAGAAACGGCAAAGUUAGCAAAUAAAGUUGAUAUUCACUACCAAGAUGUCCUUUUUGACGAAGCAAGGACACACGGUGUAGGAUACUACGCCUUUUCUCAAGAUGAGGAAGAAAGAGCUAAACAGCAAGAAAAUUUAAUGAAACUGAGAAAAGAAACAGAACAAAAGCAAAAAGAAAAUCAAGAGAUACGUGACAUGAAAGAAAGAAUGCAGCAAAACCGGUUAAGAGUUGCUAGGUUGAGACAACGAAUAAGAGCAGGUUUGCCGGCUGAAGAAAGUGAAGAGGAAACUGUUGAGACCAGCUCGACUGACCCCUUGAGAGUGAAGGAUGAGGAAAAACAAGAUACCAAACAAGAAAAUGAGGAAAAAGAAAAGACAGAGUCAGACACAAAUCAAAGCAAAUCAUCAUCAGAUGAAAAACAGGCUUCAACUAAGAGGAAACAUGAAGAUGUUGAAAAUAAAAUAGAGGCCUUUGGAAAGAUAUUAGGUAAAAGUAAUGAAUGGUAUGUGAUGUCACAAGAAGAAUGGACUAUGAAGAAGAGAAAAGAAAGGAUACAAGAGUUUGCACCGGUUUACAACAAUUUCCAAAGAGGUGAAUCUUUCGACCUUAAAAAUUGUGACGCAAAUAAAAAUCAAGAUUUACCAAAAUCAAAUCAAGAUGAGAGCAGCAAUGAUUCGGAUAUCAUUGGACCAUUGCCAGCACCUAAUUAUGCACCAGAAUUGAAAGAACAAAUACCACUUCCUCCUGCAAAUGAUGUUUCACAAAUUUCUGGAGAUUCAACAGAUCAUGCAAGUGUCAAUAUUGCAGAUCAAAUCGCAGCUGGAUUGAAGUAUUUGAGAAAACAGUUUGAAAGCAAACACCAUCAGUGACCAGCUAAUAGAAUGUUUGCUAUCAGUUACUAGACAGUUUUGUACAAAUUUAUACUUGUUAAUAUUUAAUAGAAUUCUAAUUUAAAUG